AUGCGCGAAUCCAAAGAAACUCCAGGAUAUUCAGCAAAGUUUUCCUAUUCAAAUUCAUACAAUAGUCCGAAAAGUUCUUUAAGUUCUAAAGUACUUCGUGUUGCUCCAAAAGCGCCUCAACAGCAACAGCAGCAUAAGAAUUUUUAUAAUCAUUGUAAUAAUUUGAAUACGGUAAAUAAUUUGGGUGCGGCGAAUCAUAUAAAUACUAUCCAAGAAGAUAAGGAUCAUAAAAAAGAGCAACAGCGACAUCAAGAACAGUAUCUUUAUCAAGACAAAUAUGAAGAAUAUGAUUGGAUUGACAACGGUUGCUUUGAUAGUUGUGACGCAAUUGCUAUUUCAAAGGAAGAUUUAGUAAAGGCAGCUGCAUUAAAAGUCUCUCAUGGUGAUUUGUUGAAGGCUGUAUCAAAUUAUCAUUACUAUCAUCAAACAUAUGAUAAAUAUUUCAAAGGAAAUGAGAAUAAUGGAUCCCCAAAAAUAUGGAUUGGAAAUGUGACAAAAGAAGUUCCAAUUGAUAGAUUAAAGUAUGCUUUGACCGCUCAAUUCGGUUUUCUCCUGCACUUCAUUAAACCUUGUGACAAGCCGUAUAUCCUUGCAAAAUUUAUCGAUUUGAGAUCCUAUGAGAAAGCAGUAAUGGCCGGCGAAGUUCGAGUAUUUGGAAAACCAUUGCCUGUUGAGCCAUACAUUUACAAAUCAAGCGCCGGUUAUCAAUAA